CCGGGCCAGUCAAUCAGCGGCAGAGCUGAGAAGGGCACAACCGUGCGGCCGAGGGCAGUGAGCUGAGCCCAGCUGGGGGAGCGGAGCAGCGCUGGGUAGCGGGAGCCCCGCGCCAGCGAUCAGCCGCCGACGCCGCCCACACUCUGCUCUCCUGCGAAGCCUGCCACCUUCCCUUCUUUCCCUGAGCCCCUCCGCCCCUAGCCAGCUGGCUUGGGAUCUCUAGCCUUCAGAGCCCCGAGGUUACUGAUCUUCGCCCUAGCUCCCUUGGGUCCCGGGGCCAUUCCACGCCUUUUUCCUUGUACCCCACCCGAGCCGGUCUCCUGGCACCGGGGACCGUUGCCUGACGCGAGGCCCAGUUCCACUUUACGCCCGCGUCUCCUCCUCUUGCCCUCUUCCUUCUUCGCUACCAACUCCAACUCUUCGGUUCUCACUCCAUUCGUGAGUCCUCGACUCCGCGCCUCUCUGCCAGCCCUGCAGCGCUGCUUUCCAUCCGGUCUCAUUCUGUCCCCUAAAGGUGGGAGCGCGUCCGCCAGGGUCCGCACCAUGGCACGGUUAGGCUUGCUCGGGCUGCUCUGCUCCCUGGCUGCGCUCAGCGCCUCGCUGCUGGCUGCGGAGCUCAAGUCGAAAAGUUGCUCCGAAGUGCGGCGUCUCUACGUGUCCAAAGGCUUCAACAAGAACGAUGCCCCUCUCUAUGAGAUCAAUGGUGAUCAUUUGAAGAUCUGUCCCCAGGGUUAUACCUGCUGCUCUCAAGAGAUGGAAGAGAAAUACAGCUUGCAAAGUAAAGAUGAUUUCAAAAACGUGGUCAGUGAACAGUGCAAUCAUUUGCAAGCCAUCUUUGCAUCCCGUUACAAGAAGUUUGAUGAAUUCUUCAAAGAACUACUUGAAAAUGCAGAGAAAUCCCUGAAUGAUAUGUUUGUGAAGACAUAUGGCCACUUAUACAUGCAAAAUUCAGAGCUAUUUAAAGAUCUCUUCGUAGAGCUGAAGCGCUACUACGUGGCGGGAAAUGUGAACCUGGAAGAAAUGUUAAAUGACUUCUGGGCUCGCCUUCUGGAGCGUAUGUUCCGCCUGGUGAACUCCCAGUACCAUUUUACAGAUGAGUACCUGGAAUGUGUGAGCAAAUAUACAGAGCAGCUGAAACCCUUUGGAGAUGUCCCUCGGAAACUGAAGCUCCAGGUUACGCGUGCGUUUGUUGCUGCCAGGACUUUUGCUCAAGGCUUAGCUGUUGCAAGGGACGUAGUGAGCAAAGUCUCUGUGGUGAACCCCACAGCCCAGUGCACCCAAGCACUGCUGAAGAUGAUCUACUGCUCCCACUGCCGGGGCUUGGUGACCGUGAAGCCCUGUUACAACUACUGCUCAAACAUCAUGAGAGGCUGUUUGGCUAACCAAGGAGACCUCGAUUUUGAGUGGAACAAUUUCAUAGAUGCCAUGCUGAUGGUUGCGGAGAGGCUGGAAGGCCCUUUCAACAUUGAGUCAGUUAUGGAUCCCAUUGAUGUGAAGAUUUCUGAUGCUAUUAUGAACAUGCAAGAUAAUAGUGUUCAAGUAUCUCAGAAGGUUUUCCAAGGCUGUGGGCCUCCAAAGUCUCUCCCAGCUGGACGGAUUUCUCGUUCCAUCUCUGAAAGUGCCUUCAGUGCUCGAUUCAGACCUUAUCAUCCAGAGCAACGUCCAACCACAGCAGCUGGCACUAGCUUGGACCGACUGGUUACUGAUGUCAAGGAGAAGCUGAAACAAGCUAAGAAGUUCUGGUCCUCUCUGCCAAGCACUGUUUGCAAUGAUGACAGGAUGGCAGCAGGAAACGGCAAUGAAGAUGAUUGCUGGAAUGGCAAGGGCAAAAGCAGGUACCUGUUUGCAGUGACAGGAAAUGGAUUAGCCAACCAGGGCAACAACCCAGAAGUCCAGGUUGACACCACCAAACCGGACAUACUGAUCCUUCGUCAGAUCAUGGCCCUUCGGGUUAUGACUAGUAAAAUGAAGAAUGCUUACAAUGGAAAUGAUGUGGACUUCUUUGAUAUCAGUGAUGAGAGCAGUGGAGAAGGAAGUGGAAGUGGAUGUGAAGAUCAGCAGUGCCCUUCGGAGUUUGAGUACAAUGCCACUGACCAUUCUGGGAAGAGUGCCAAUGAGAAAGCCGACAGUGCCGGUGCCCAUGCAGAGGCAAAACCCUACCUCCUCACUGUCCUCUGCAUCUUGUUCUUCAUUUUGCAGAGAGAGUGGAGAUAAUUGUCAAACUCUGAGUAAAAAUGUUCAUCCUCAGAAAGUUAAAAAGGCACCAGUUCUCACUUUUUUACCAUCCUAGUGACUUUGCUUUUUAAAUGAAUGGACAACAAUGUACAGUUUUUACUAUGUGGCCACUGGUUUAAGCAAUGUUGACUUUGUUUUUCUCAUUCAGUUUGAGGGGCCAGCAGGGACUCCUGAAGUUAAGUUUGUUCCUGCUCCUUCAGAAUCAUGUUAAACGUGGCUAACAGUGUAGGUACAGAACUGUAGUUAGUUGUGCAUUUGUGAUCUUAUCACUCUUGUUUUGUUUGUUUUUUUUUCUCUCUCUCAUUUUAUUUGUGGGGUUUUUCUUUUCCAAUUAUGAUCUCACCUUGUUUCUCACAAGAAAACCAGGGUCCUUUCUUGGCAUGUAACAUGUACGUAUUUCUGAAAUAUUAAAUAGCUGUACAGAAGCAGGUUUAUUUAUCAUGUUAUCUUAUUAAAAGAAAAAACCCAAAUAAGCCGUAAAAUUUCCAUUCAUCCCUGUUAUUUUUUUGCUGCCUUACCUGGAGAGAAGUGGAGGUGACUUUGGGUUUUCUUUCUUCUGUUUGUUUGUAUUAACUUAGGACAGAAUGUGAAGGCACAAGCAGGCUGCUGAGCCACUUUUCAGAUUGUAUUCAGACAACCAGUACAAGGAGAGAAUUGGACCUCAUUCAAAGUGGGGGCUGGAAGAGACUGUAGACCACCUAUUUUGAUUGAGCUGAGUCACACAUAGUUUGAUUUGUUGAACCUACCCAUACUUAAAGUGUAUCCCAUGCAGAAAAAUAAAGAUUCUUGAUGUAGUCUUCCCUUGAAAGAUGAAAGGCACUCAAGACUUUAUUUUCUUUGUCCUGAUGGCAGUAGCUGGACCAACAAUAUCAUUUGUUUCCCUAUGUUAGAGUGAUCCAGUUUUCUGACCCACUGACCACUCUGGGAAGAGUGCCAUAAAAGGGAGGUGUCUGGCAGCUAGCCAGAACUGGGGUACAGCCUGGGCUCAGGGAAUAGCUGUCGACACUCUUUUGAGCAGAGAUUUUUGUCUGUGUGUAUAUAUUUGUAUUGGCUUUUUUGUUGGUUUGUUUUAAAUUCCAGUUUUAAGAGUCCAGUUUUAAAAGAGUGUAAGGUUAUCUAAUUUGAUUUUUUUUUUUUUGCCACUCCCUUUUGGUCAGUUAGAUGAAGGACUCGGAGUGGUUUGCGGCCAUUUGCUACCCCUCCCAGGCAUCAAGCUCACUGAGAGGAGAACUGGGUGGUGAGAUUUUUUGUGGGAGGACUGGGAGGAGGUAAAACUGAGAAGACCACAUCUUCUCAUUGACACUUAGCCACGUGGGUGAACUGGCGAAGGUCCUAACUGUUCCAAGCCAAAGACUGUCCACUGCCUUGCCCCCUAGGAAGCCCUUUCCUUUUAUAAAAAAGACCAGUUAGAAAACCUGGGGAAUACAGCAGAUCAUUUCAAAAAGAGUUCUCAGUCUUCAGAAAGACUAGAGCCAUACAAGUCUCUCUUCCUGUUGUAAAAGUCAUUUAGAUCCCAGAAUGCUAUAGAACAGGAAGCCCACAGAGAGGUUGUCUCAUGUUACUGUUCAGUUUUCAGCUAUAAGAGGAAAUCUCUAUUUUUAUAUUGAAACAUAAUUACUUGAUAGCUCAGGGUCUACAUUUCAUUCAACUUUUUACACCAAAUUCUACAGAAUGGUCAAAAUAAAAUAUUGGGGGCUGUUGUAAACAGAGGCUUAAUCUUACUAGAAGUAGCCAAUUAUUUAUUAAAGCACGAUGUUAAUAAAAUAGGCAUAUUCUGGCUGGUGUGUAAAAGUGUUUGUUUUUUUAAGCAAAUCACAGAAAACAGCUCCAUUUCUAUAAGAAGAAAAACAGAUUGUAACUAGCUGGUCUGCCUUGUGAGAACUUGGAAAAUGUGUUGAGAGUUGGUAAGUACCUCAGUUGUGAGGAAUUUCCUUUUUAGCUUAGACUGCUAUUACUCUUACUUGGUAGAAAUGAAGCUGGUCUCCAAAAUACAGCUCAAAGAGUUAUCCCUGUAGACCUUGUUAGAUUGUUUUUCAUUUAAAACCUUGAACUCUGCCCAGCUGUUUUCUUUCAGUCAAGUCCUCCAAACCAAUAACAUUUUCCGAAUUAAAUAUUCUUGAAGGUUUUUCUGGACGCUUGCUGAUUUGUUUUCUUUCUUUACAUUUUUCCCCUGUUACCCUUCUAUUAUUUAAAUUGACUCUUGCUUUUGAACUUGAACUAUGAAAUAAACAAAUCAUAGAUUUUUCCAUUA